UUCUCUUGCAGAUCCCUCUCUCCCUCUCUCUGUGUGUCUCUCUCUGUGUGUCUCUGUGUGUCUCUGUCUCAGCUCAGACAAUCACAGCUCUUCACUAGCAGAGGCUCCUCACACUGAUCCCAAUGAAUUUCAUGCUCAGACAAUACUCAGCUCUUUUCCUUUUUUUUCUCUCUCUGCCAUCGACACAUCGUGGUGUUUGUGGAGCUGACAUUCCUCUGGUCGGCAAGAGAUCGCCUUGGAUUGGAAACAAAAGCAGUUUAUUUGUAUGAAGCCAUAAAGGGAAUCGCUUGUAGGAAUUAGGAAUCUCCUUCAUUUGACUGCGCCGGGAGCCUGUGCUUUUCCCUGCGUCUCUGCAGCAGUAAAGGUUACCAAAAAAAAACAAUAUGAACUAAAAUUGAUGAAAUGGUGGAAAAACCAACAAGACCUGAAGAUCUUUGGAAUAUUCACAUAAAAAUUCCCUUUGUUAUUGUGGAAUGGGCUUUACUUCAUCUGUAGGUUGGUUCUCACAGAUGACGACUGCACAAAGGAGGCAAUAAUUGUUGUCCUUUAUUUAUUAUAUGGAUUAUUUUUACUCCACCUGAUUUCUUUUUUAUUUGCCUUUGUACUCUCAGCGUGGGAGAUAAAACCUUUGCUGAUGUUGAUGUAAACAAUGUCGAGACCAAGCGGAUUAUUAUGGUUGCCUUUGAUCUUCACUCCAGUCUGUGUUGUGGUAAAUUCAAACUUGCUACUAUGGAUAGCGGCACUUGCUGUACGAUUUACAAUAAUCGACUGCCAAGCACAGUAUCCAAUUGUACCUACAAACUAUGGGAAAAUACGAGGCACAAGAACACCAUUACCCAUUGAGAUUCUUGGCCCUGUCGAGCAAUAUUUGGGAGUGCCCUAUGCCUCACCACCAACUGGAGAGAGACGCUUUCAACCUCCAGAGCCCCCCUCAUCCUGGACUGGUAUUAAGAAUGCAACUCAGUUUGCUCCAGUUUGCCCCCAGUUUCUGGAUGAAAGAUCUUUGCUGAACGAUAUGCUGCCAAUAUGGUUUACUGCCAAUUUGGAUACCGUUGUUUCAUAUGUGCAAGAUCAGAAUGAAGACUGUCUGUAUUUAAAUAUUUAUGUGCCAACAGAGGAUGGAGCCACUACAAAGAAACAAGCUGAUGAUAUAGCCAAUAAUGAUCGUGGGGAAGAUGAAGAUAUUCAUGAUCCAAACAAUAGGAAACCAGUCAUGGUUUACAUUCAUGGAGGUUCCUAUAUGGAGGGUACGGGAAACAUGAUCGAUGGAAGUAUACUCGCAAGUCAUGGAAAUGUCAUUGUUAUUACUGUUAAUUACAGGCUAGGAGUUUUAGGUUUUCUGAGUACCGGGGAUCAAGCUGCAAAAGGAAACUAUGGGUUACUGGACCAAAUACAAGCGUUGCGGUGGAUUGAGGAAAACAUUGGAGCAUUUGGAGGCGACCCGAAACGAGUAACUAUAUUUGGCUCAGGGGCCGGGGCAUCCUGUGUAAGCCUACUGACAUUAUCCCACUAUUCUGAAGGUUUGUUCCAAAAAGCAAUCAUACAAAGUGGAACAGCCUUAUCCAGCUGGGCAGUGAACUACCAGCCUGCCAAGUAUACUAGGAUAUUGGCAGAUAAAGUGGGCUGUGACAUGCUGGAUACUAUUGACUUGGUUGAAUGUCUUCGGGAUAAGAACUACAAAGAACUCAUUCAGCAGUCUAUCACGCCAGCUACGUACCACAUUGCCUUUGGACCAGUCAUCGAUGGUGAUGUAAUUCCAGAUGACCCUCAGAUUCUCAUGGAACAAGGGGAGUUCCUAAAUUAUGAUAUUAUGCUUGGAGUUAAUCAAGGGGAAGGCUUAAAAUUUGUUGAUGGAAUGGUAGAUAACGAAGACGGAGUUUCUUUAAGUGACUUUGACUUUUCAGUCUCCAACUUUGUAGACAAUUUGUAUGGUUAUCCUGAAGGAAAAGAUACACUCAGAGAAACUAUUAAAUUUAUGUAUACUGAUUGGGCAGAUAAGGAAAAUCCUGAAACCCGAAGGAAGACUUUGGUUGCUCUUUUUACUGACCACCAGUGGGUAGCUCCUGCAGUGGCAACUGCUGAUCUACAUGCUCGAUAUGGUUCUCCUACAUAUUUCUAUGCAUUUUAUCACCAUUGCCAAAGUGAAAUGAAACCAACAUGGGCUGAUUCUGCUCAUGGUGAUGAAGUCCCUUAUGUGUUUGGAAUUCCAAUGAUUGGGCCCACUGAACUGUUUAAUUGCAAUUUCUCAAAGAAUGAUGUCAUGCUCAGCGCAGUUGUUAUGACAUAUUGGACUAACUUUGCCAAGACUGGAGAUCCAAAUAAGCCAGUCCCUCAAGAUACAAAGUUCAUCCAUACAAAGCCAAAUAGAUUUGAAGAAGUUGCUUGGUCAAAAUAUGAUCCAAAGGACCAAUUCUAUUUGCACAUUGGCUUGAAGCCCAGGGUAAGAGACCAUUAUAGAGCAACCAAGGUGGCUUUCUGGCUAGAGCUUGUACCACAUUUACACAACCUCAACGAAAUAUUCCAGUAUGUCUCAACAACCACAAAAGUACCUCCACCAGACAUGACAUCAUAUCCCCAUGUUACAAGACGCCCACCUUUAAAACCAAGGAUUACAACAAAACGUCCUGCCAUGACACCAGCAAACAAUCCUAAGGAAACCCAAAAGAAUGUAUUGGGUGAAAAUACUAUUAUUACAGAAGACAAAAGGGAUUAUUCCACAGAACUUAGUGUUACAAUAGCUGUAGGGGCAUCACUGUUGUUUCUGAAUAUAUUGGCUUUUGCUGCUUUAUACUACAAAAAGGAUAAGAGACGUCAUGAAACUCAUCGACGACCUAGCCCUCAGAGGAAUACAACAAAUGAUAUAGCUCACAUACAAAAUGAAGAGAUAAUGUCGUUACAGAUGAAACAACUGGAACAUGAUCAUGAAUGUGAAGCUCUCCAGGCACAUGAUACUCUGCGGCUAACCUGUCCACCUGACUACACUCUUACACUGAGGAGGUCUCCUGAUGACAUUCCCCUCAUGACUCCAAACACUAUAACAAUGAUUCCAAACACAUUAACAGGAAUGCAACCACUGCAUACCUUUAACACAUUUAGUGGAGGCCAAAAUAGUACUAAUUUACCCCAUGGGCAUUCCACCACUCGGGUAUAGCUUUGUCACUUUUUUCAACCGCUUGAAGAAAACAAAAACAAACAGAAAACUUAUGACAUAGAAAGGAAGGGAUUAUUUUCUUAUUCAUUCCGUCCAGUGGAUCAAAUGUUCAUAAAGAUCAACCCUUGAAAGACGUGAAAAGUGUAAAUUGCCAAUGAAUUUAUUCAUGCUUGACAAUAUUUAAUAAGACAAACAUUCUAAACAGCCUCCUAAAAUGAAUGUUUCCUUUAUAAUAUAUGGUUAGACAUAUUAUUCUGAAGCAGAACAUGUUUCUUUACUGCUUUGUUUUUGUUUUCUAAUUUCUCUAUUGUGCCAUAAAUGAAUGGACAUUGGUCUAAUAAAUUCACAUAUUGAGCUUUUAUGAAGCUGUAAUUCAUAAUGAAAAUUAUAUUUAAAAAAAGAGGAGCGGCUAUGCAGAGAAAAUGUAUAGUUUUGGCAAUGAAGGUAUAUGCCAACAUGAACUGUAUUUAAAGGAAUUCAUAUUUGUAUAAAAUGUAAAUAGAUGUGAGUUUAAGGGGAAAUAUCUUUUAUUGUUGGUUUUAAGUUUAAAAAGAACUUUUAGAAAGAUUGCGUUUUAGUUGUUACCUAUCUGUAUAUACAUUGUUAAUAUCCAUCUCUGUUGCCUCCAGAACAAGAAAAAGAAUUCUUCUUGAUAAAGAAGAAAUACGUUUUGGAAUUUUAUAACCUAUUUCAUUUGUAGUAAACAAUGCAAGUUCAACUGAUGAUGACAUUUUGGUUAUAAUAACUGGAAUAAAAAACAACGCCCAUUUGAGGUUAUACAAAUGCAUGUAUAAUUUUACCUGAAUAACUGAUUCUUAUUUCCUUUCAGCAACAUUUUCUCUUUUUUCUCUUUUAUUUUAUAAAGAUAUUGUCAUACCUGAAAACAUUUAGAAAUGACAAUAAUAAAGUUAAAAUACUUUAUGUUUUUGUACGUUUCCAAUGACUGUUUUCCCACUUAGCUCUAGGCAUAAACUAUUUGAUAGUAAUAUUGCCUUUGAGUCAUAAAAAUGUCUCAAAUGUAUAGUCAUUUGUUGAGCCAGAGCAGCAUUGCUGUUUAAAUAAUACAAAAUGUUAGAACUCAUAUUCAGAAUUCUACUUUAAAAACAUCAAACCACACCUGCCUAGUUUGGCUUGGUUUAUGUGAACUAGGAGACUACAUCCAGUGUCCAAUGUUUGUCAUAUAAAUGUGAGUCUAUUUUUUUAAUCAUUUAUAUAUCUGUCACAUACUUAAUGCACAUUAUGGAAAGAUACAAAAGAAAGAUCACCAAAUGAUUUUCAAAUAAAUCUUAAACAUUUAAUUGGACAAACAUAAUUUUCCUCUCCAAUUAUUCUAAUCCAUAAAGUUUGCUUAAUGUCAAGAGAAGAAAAAGCUGUACUUUCUGCAAGUGAUUUUGUUAUUGAACAUAUGAUUACAUAUUUUAAUAAAAAUUGUU